AUGUCUACCUCGUUUCUAUGCUCCAGCGUACGUUCAACGCGGCACAUUCUUUUGCACACGCUUGGCUUCGAUAAGCCUAUGCGUCUUGCAGCUGCAGUGUCCAACCGCAAGUUGGAGUCUGUUCCUCCGCUCAAUUCCAAGGCUCGUACACAACAUUCAUCCCCGACGUGCGAGCCCACGCCGUCUGUCGCCGACACACGCAUUAUCUUCCUCAACAUAUUGUUGUUCUAUCUGACAUGCUCAUCUCAAGUGAUCGAAGAAGGAGGCAAGGGUAUGGGCGAGGUUUUCCUAGAGAUGGUACUGCUCCUCGCGCCCCCGUACAUGACCUACAUCACUGUUCACCCUUGGGCGCUCGCGCACCUCGACGUUCUCAGCUCGCCGUCAUAGCUCACGCCCCAAUUCUCGUGAGAGCAAAGACCUUGUGGAGACGUAUGAGAGGAACUUUGAAGGAGUUGAUUUUCGG